AUGAGGUUCACUUCAGGUUUCUUCGUUACUCUCUUCGCUUGUGCACUGCUCGCUGUCGCGCACGCACCUCCUAGGCUUUCCUCAGAGGAACUAGCCGUUCGCGAUCUUGCCUCGUCGAAGUGCGCUCGCCAUGUCGGCGAAAUGCAGCGUAGACGAAUCGAGAGGCGCGCGAAGGAUUUGAUGAAGCGAGACGGCACUUCCACCGUCACGAUCACAACUGAAUCGCCUUAUUACCCAGAGAUUCAGAACGAGACCUGCAUUCUCACUCCCGAAGUCACCACUGGCCCUUACAUCUGGCCAAAAUCUCAGACGCUGCGUCAGGACAUGACGGAGGAUCAGCCUGGUAUCCCUUUGAUCAUGGAUAUCGGUGUCAUUGACAUCAACACCUGCGAGCCUAUGCAGAACGUCCUCGUCGACGUCUGGCACUGCAAUGCAACCGGUUCUUACUCUUCAUUCACCGGGCGCGAUCCCAAUAUUCCCUUCGAAGAGCUCCUCGCAAUGUUGAACUUAACCCUUGGGCCCGGCCUUGAUCUCCAUACCGACGACACAACUUUCCUCCGAGGCAUGUGGCCGACCAACGAGGAAGGUAUAAUGGAGAUGAAGACCAUUGUCCCGGGAUUCUACGUGGAGAGAGCCAUACAUGUGCAUGUACAGGUUCAUCAAGACUGGGUGCUCCAAUCCAACGGAACUGUCCUCACCGAUACGACGUCUAGCACAGGCCAAUUCUUCCUCGGAGAGGAGCUCUCUCAGUAUUUGAUGUCGCAGGAGCCGUACUCAUCACAUACAGAGAUCGAAAGAACCACAAAUGACGUGGAUGAUAUAUACCAAGGAGAGGCGCGCAAUGGAUGGUUCCCGGAGUUGGUUGUAGUUCCGAUGGAUGGGGAGGACUAUGCUAAUGGCGUCAUAGGAUACAUCACAGUUGGCGUAAAUGCGACCCUCAGGACAUGAGUGAAGGUCUUUAGCGCAAAAUAUGUCUCCCUAGUUUUUGGAGCGAAUUCGGUGUCGUAAUGAUACUUCUUGUGCAGGUUCUCUUGUAGAGUGAACUUGAGUGCAAGGGAAGCAUCUAGAUAAGAUCCUAUUUGCUACCCAAGGGACAGGACAGCAGCGCCAGAACGAAUCUUGAGUCACGUUCGGCGUAUUAACU